AUGGAAAUCAAUACGAGUGAGGGGAAAUUGGCUCUUACUCUGUGCACUAUAUCCAGAAAAAGUGUGAAUUUGCAAAAAUCACAGGAGCCCCGCAUAAACAAUGAGACCCGCGAGUAUUUGCAGCUUAUGCAGAAAAUAACUGCAGGCAGCGAAGUCCGCGAAAGUGCGGACGCGUUCUCGUACGUGCCUGGGAGCAUACAGGGAGGCAGCAUUCUCUUCGAGUGCGUCCACUGCAGCGUGCCUGAUGUUCUAGCAAGCGUUCUUCCUUUGGUGGUUUUCUGCCGCAUUCCCGUGCAUCUCACGGUGCGGGGCGUGACAAACUCGCAGGCCGGGAUUUCAGUGGAUUUUGUGAAAGCAGUGCACUGCAAGAUUAUGAGCCAGUUUGGGGUUGUCUCUGAAAUCAAGAUAAACAGGCGCGCAAUAUACCCGUCCGCCGACGGCGAAGUCUUGCUGAUGGCGGAGCACGCAUCUGCGCUCAAGCCCAUCGUGUGCGAUCGAAGGGAGGAGCUCAGGAGAAUAAUAGGGGUAAAUUACUCUGCCAGAAUAAGCAGCGACAUUCUGCACAGAGUCAGCACCUCGGAAAGAGAGCAGCUGAAAACUAUAACGCCGUCCGUCAAGAUAUACAACGACAUUGGAAACAGCAAAACCUCUGGGAAAACCCCAGGGCACGGAUGCCUGCUGCUGGCGUUUGGAAAUAGCUCCAUAUACGAGGCAGAGUACACGGUGGACGGGUCUGACUCGCUGCUGGAAAGCUCCCCAGAGGAAAGAGUGGACAGACUGAUACAGGCUUUCUACAAGAAUAUACGGAGCAGCGGGUCGUACAGCCACCGGAUACAGCACUUUGUCUUUGUUCUGAUGGCGCUGACCACCGUAGAUGGAAGCGCUGUAGUUAUCCGCAAGAUCUCCAAAAAGGACCGGGAAGUGCUCCAUCUUCUGGAAAGCAUACUGAAGUACUCGUACACAAUAGAGCCGUACGUGAAGACAGAGCAUGACGUCAACUCGGGCCUGCCCGACGGCUUGCUUCUCAUAAAGUCGUGCGGGGUCGGGUACACAAACAUAUACAAGCCAAUGCAGUAG